AUGAUUCUCCUUGUUGAGUGUUCCGGUGUGUGGGCUGGGGACUUUUUGGAUGAGCCUAGCGCAUUUCAGUCCCGUUAAUGUGGUGUAGGUAUUCGUCCGCCCGCGGGUAGCCGGUGCCCCUCUCUGUGUACCGUAUGGGUGAGGCCCGAGCUCGGCACAGGAAGAGGAGCAGCCCUAAUAACUACACACAAUGAGGUUUGCAUUCUAGCCCCGGCUUUAUCUCUUCACACGCAUCAUCUAACGUCGGUUGAAUUACAGAAGAUCCGUAGACGCACAGAACUGUGGAGUAGCCCAGACUGUCAUCAAUAACCAGUAAUGCAUCAGUGUUCCAGACUGGUGUUCCCUCCAUCAUCUCUUUGAUGCUAAACCUUCUCUCCAUCUGAAGCCGACAUCUUUUUUUGGGGGAAAGAUGGAGACACGGUGGCCGUUGAGUCGCAGAAGUCUGGCAAUUCCACUCUUCUUUAUUUUAUCCCCGGUCCUCCUGGCAGCUGAACGAGUGCCGACUGUGUAUCAACAGGAGAAUUCUGCGAAACAUCAUGUGAACCUUGACUCCAUGCUGGCGGACUACGAUGUCAUCUCCAUGGCCGGCAUCCAGCAGCACUCCUUGAGGAAGCGCGAUUUGGAGUCGGAGUCCCAGCUGGAGAGGAUGCUGAGCUUCACCGCACUGCACAGACAUUUCAAAUUAUACUUGACAUCAAGCGCUGAGCAUCUUUCAGAAAACCUUAAAGCUGUAGUAAUGGAUGGGAAUGGCAGAGAAACGGAAUACCAUGUAAAGAAAUCAGACUUUUUCACUGGCCACGUUGUAGGGGAGCACAAUUCAAAGGUCCUGGCACACAUUGGUGAUGGAGAUUUUACGGCACGGAUAACAACCGACGGAGAAGAGUACAACGUAGAGCCUCUGUGGAGGUUUGUGGAGAACUCAUCAAGGGAGAGCAUUCUGGUUUAUCGAUCCGAAGAUGUAAGAGACUUCUCUCACCGCAAGGAUUCAAAAGUUUGUGGCUACAUAAAACCUAAGGAGGAUGUCUUUAAGAACGAACGGGACACGGAACAAAGUGAAGAGCACCUACACCGGAAGAAGAGACAGAAGGCAGGCCCAGACCCUCUCAGGAAUACUUGUAAGAUGCUUGUGGUAGCAGACCACCGCUUCUUCCAGCACAUGGGCCGCGGUGAGGAGAGCACCACCAUCAACUACCUGAUUGAGCUUAUUGAUCGGGUGGAUGACAUCUACAGGAACACUUCGUGGGAUGCCCAGUGGAAAGGAUACGGAGUACAGAUAGAGCAGAUCAUUGUGCACAAAGUUCCUGAGAACGUAACCAAUAACCGAAGACACUAUAACAUGGCGAAAAGUUGGCCUGAUGACCGGAAAGAUGCUUGGGAUGUGAAGCAACUGCUGGAGCAAUUCAGCCAUGACAUAUCCGACAGAGCUGCUCAGGUCUGCCUGGCGCAUCUCUUCACGUAUCAGGACUUUGACAUGGGGACUCUGGGACUUGCGUAUGUAGGUUCCCACAAGCCAAAUACCCAUGGAGGCAUCUGUCCAAAAGCUUAUGAAACAGAUUCCUUGAAGAAGCCGAUAUACCUAAACACUGGUCUGACCAGCACCAAAAACUAUGGGAAAACCAUCCUCACCAAGGAAGCAGACUUGGUUACUACUCAUGAACUCGGUCACAACUUUGGAUCGGAACACGAUCCUGACAGCAUGGAGUCCUGUGCUCCCAGCGAGGAUCGGGGAGGAAAAUAUGUCAUGUAUCCCAUAGCCGUGAGCGGGGACCACGAAAACAAUAAGAUGUUCUCGAGCUGUAGUAGAGAAUCCAUUCUGCGCACGUUGGUGAGCAAGGCCUCGCUCUGCUUUAAAGAGCGCAACAACAAGGUGUGUGGCAACUCCCGCGUGGACGAGGGGGAAGAAUGCGACCCGGGUCUGCUGCAUCAGCACAGCGACCCGUGCUGCACGUCGGACUGCAUGUUCAGGCAGGGCGUCCGCUGCAGUGAUCGGAACAGUCCGUGCUGUAAAGGAUGUCAGUUUGAAACGGCCCAAAAGAAAUGCCAGGAAGCCAUAAAUGCUACUUGCAAAGGAGAGUCCUACUGCACAGGUAAUAGCAGCGAAUGCCCCCCACCUGGAAACGCGGCCGACGACACAGUCUGCGUCGAUCUGGGGAAGUGUGUCAGCGGAGAGUGCAAACCGUUCUGUGAAAUCGUGAACCUCAAGUCGUGUGCUUGUAACGAGACAGAACAUUCGUGUAAAGUUUGUUGUCGUGACCGCAGCAGGAUGUGUACACCCUACGUGAACGCAAACGGACAGUAUCUAUAUCUACGCAAAGGAAAGCCGUGCACCGUCGGCUUCUGUGAUAUGAAUGGAAAGUGCGAGAAGCAGGUACAAGAUGUCAUUGAGAGGCUUUGGGACUUUAUUGAUAAACUCAGCAUCAACACGUUGGGGAAGUUCUUGGCAGAUAACAUCGUAGGAUCCGUCAUUGUCUUCUCUCUGGUGUUCUGGAUCCCGCUCAGUAUUCUUGUCCACUGUGUGGAUAAGAAGUUAGACAGGCAGUAUGAAGAGAACACCAAGUCGUUAUUCUUACCCAGCAAUGUGGAAAUGCUGAGCAGCAUGGACUCAGCUCCGGUGCGUAUUGUCAAGCCAUUUCCGUCCUCCCAGCCCGCUCCACGGUUCCAGGGUCUACAGCAAGCUCCAAUAACACCGUUAUCUGCCUCCACCUCCAAGCUAGACCACCAAAGAAUGGACACGAUUCAGGAGGACUCCAGUACGGACUCUCACCUCGAUGAUCAGUUUGAUGAGGACCCUUUCCCUAAUAGUGGGUCUCCAGCCAAAUCAUUUGAAGAUCUCACCGAUAACCCAGUUAUCAGGAGCGAGAAGGCAUCAUCCUUCAAGUUACAGCGCCAGGGCCGCGUAGACAGCAAGGAGACAGAGUGCUGAUAUGGUGUGGAAUGAACACUGACAAUCAUCUCAUUCAUUCUAAACGGCAGGCGGACAGGGUUACUUUGGAUGGAAUUCCUGACCAAAAAUCAUGCGCCCCAAAAGGACAAAUUCCAAGGGCUCCGUGACGCUGGCUGCCGCUUCUGAGACCCUCAAGUGUUCUGUGUAAGAAAUGUGCAAUGUAACCGUGUGCCUUGGUAUCCUUCAAAAA